AUGAGUUUGAUCGAAGAUUGUCUAAGAAACAACAGUUUCAUCGCGUUUGAUACUGAGUUUCCAGGUUGCUUGAGGGACACUUCAAAAAACGCUCAUGACGAGCAACGCUACAUCGACAUGAGUUACAGCGUAGACAGAACAAAGCUGAUCCAGUUAGGUCUUACUCUGUUCGACAACAACGGAAGAGUCGGUGGCACUUGGGAGAUCAACUUCUCAGAUUUCGACGAGACUCAAGACGAGAGAAACGACAACUCCAUCGAGUUCUUGAAACGCAAUGGUCUUGAUCUGAAGAAGAUUAGAGAACACGGUAUCGGAAUCGAGGGUUUCUUCUCUGACCUGUUUUGGAUUCUGAAGCAGACGAGGAACAUUACUUGGGUGACUUUUCAUGGAUCUUACGACAUCGCUUAUCUACUCAAGUGUUUCACCGGAGAAGCUUUACCGGAAUCUCAAUCUAGGUUUGCUAAAGCGGUGGCGAGGAUCCUCGGCUCUGUUUACGAUUUGAAAGCUAUGGCUGGUCGGUUCGAAGGAUUCUCUAACCGACUUGGUUUAGAGAGUUUAGCACGUGAGUUGGGACUUAACCGGGUUGGUAUAGCUCACCACGCCGGUUCUGAUAGUGAAUUGACAGCAAGGGUUUUCUCUAAGAUGGCUAACAUAUGCCACAAUGUAGAAGAAACCGAAGGAUUUGUCUACGGAUUCAGCUAUAGAAUUAUGUCGGAACGUAUUAAGCUCCGUGAACCGCAGAUGGAUCUAGCGUUGAUGAUAGGUCUCUAUAGACCGCCGCCGCCUCCAUCACCGUUUCCGAUGAUAAUGCCUAUGUUUGGCCCUCAUUUUCCGACUCUUAUUGAUAGUGAUUUUCAUAGAUUAUCUAUGUAUUAG